CAAGUUGUGGGCGGCCAACGGGCAGAGAGGGAGAGAGAGAGGGAGCGCCGCCGCCAUGGCCGACGUUGUGUUCGAGCUGCUGCACCUGGAGCUGGUGUCGCGGCUGCGGGGCGACGGAGGGGCCGGGGCGGGGGAGCCGGAGCGAGGGAAAUGCAUUUCGACUCUGGAAGGAAUGGGUUUCCGUGCAGGACAAGGUCUCAUCGAGAGAUUCACCAAAGAGUCGCCUUCAUUCAAGGACGAGUUGGACGUCAUGAAGUUUAUCUGUAAGGAAUUCUGGACAAACCUCUUCCGAAAACAGAUUGACAACCUGCGGACCAAUCACCAGGGAACCUAUGUGCUCCAAGACAACCGCUUCCGUCUGCUAACUCCGAUCUCCAAUGGGAAACAGUACUUGGAAGAGGCACCAAAGUUCUUGGCGUUCACCUGUGGACUGCUGAGGGGUGCCUUGUCCAAUCUGGGAAUUGACAGUGCAGUCACGGCCGAGGUGUCUGCUCUGCCAGCAUGUAAAUUUCACAUUAUGAUCCAGGCAACCUAGGCCUCUGCUCGUGGCUGGACAAGGACCGAGAUGGGAGCAAUGAAGCUUGAAUGUAGCUGCAGGCAGGCUUGUGCCUUACCCUUCCCUGUAUAGUUGCUGUUGGUAGUCGCUCAGUGGGGGACUUGGGGUGGAAAUGAAUUAAAGAUUAUUUUAUGGUGAAUAUA